GUGGUAAGGAUUGCACGUUAACCUUACACCACUUGUUUGCUCAUCCCCAACAAUACACCGUCACCUCACUGGUGACCUUCACCCCUUCCUCAAGUACAAAACCCUUCCUCGCUCACCCCCAGCACUUGAUAAAACUUCAAUCCUCCGCCCUCCAACUCCCUCACCAAUUCCUCCCCGUGAGCGCACCCUACGUGGACUCUUAUCGAUCCCUAAUCUCGUCGCUCGGUGUCGAUGCUCUAGCCACCGGUGAUAUUCUCGACGUUUGCGAUCGAUUUAUGGAUCGUGUCGUCGAAGGCACUAAUAUAGGAUUGGUGCGUCCAUUAUGGGAACGUGAUCGAAAUGAAAUGAUCAAUGAAAUAUUCGAUUUCGGCUUUGAGGUGUUGAUCACUUGUGCAAAUCUGGAGAAGAUACGAAAGGAGGUGGCCAAGAAGUUGGUGGGAAGUAUGCUCACAAGGGAGUUGUAUGAGAAUGUGAUAUUAAGACAAGAGGGACUGGACGGAAGUGGGGAGAUGGGUGAAUACCACAGUAUGGUUUUGAAUGCGCCGUUGUUUAAGAAACGGAUAGUGAUUAACCGGGGACGGCAGGUCACCUCGGAUGAUGGAAGGUUCAUUUAUUACGAAGUUUUAGAAUGUAGGGUUGUUGACAAAUGA